AUGCAGAAUUGGAAGCCUAGCCUCAAACCGAUUGUCAAACUAAUAUUUCAUGCAGUGGUGUAUUCUAUUUGGAAGGAGAGGAAUGCCAGGCUACAUUCUUCUGUUAAGAAGCCUCAGCAAGUUGUUACCAAGGAGAUUCAGCUUCUCCUUAGAGCUAAGCUUACUGGACUAGUUGCUUCACAUGUGGUUCAGAUACAUCCAAUUCUAAAGGGUUCUUCUUUCCUUCCUUUCCUUGAUACUCUCCAUCAAAUAGUUGCUUCACAUGUGGUUCUAUAA